AUGGCAAAGUUCCAGAGGAUCAGGGUGAGCCGCGUGAGGAGGAAGGUCUCUGCGGCGACGCGGCCGACUUCACGGCGGAAGGAGCCGCUACGCUGCGCGAACCGCCCGCACCCCGGCCGGCGCCGCACGCCCCCAUCGGGGAGGAACGGAGCGUCCUCCGCCACUGAUGCGUCAGCGGCGGCCGGGGAGGGCGGCGGCGUCUCCUCCGCCUUGCCUGACUGGGAAGCGGUGCAAGCAGCGAGCUCCACCUGCAUCGCGGGCGACGCGAGAUUCCCGAGGUGGUGGCAGCUCUGUGACGCGGAUAUUCUGAUCGGAGCUGGCAGCCCCUUUUGCCCAGGCCGCAGCGCUGCCGGCCUCCGCGGUAUGUCCACGCGGCGGCUAGGCCUUCAGGAGCUAGGAGACGGAGGGCCAAGGACAACCGGGGUGCGGCGGAGCUCCGGCGAACGGCGGCGGGGAGGAGGCGUUGUUGUGACCCGCCCUCUAACAGAUGGUACUCUCUUAAUCACAACUACCGGAAUCAAUGAUGAUGCUAUUUACCGUUAUCGAUUUAACCUUCAAGAAGAGAUAUCAAGUGCAAGAUUCACCAAGCUGGCUACCACAUACAAAAAUCAUGCAACAUUCAGUGGAACUGAAGUAUGCCUCUGGCUAUCAAAUGAAGCUGAUGUUGAUGAUUUCAUAUUAUGGUUGGUUGCCUUCGUUCGUAAGAUACUUGUGCUAAGAGCAGUUGUGAGUAUUUCUGAACUGCUAUCUUGUCGUCAAGUUGUAACUGAAGUAGUUCAUACUCUUUCCUUUUCAAUGUUUCUUUGCAGCUUCACUGUGUCACAGUUCUCAAAUAAUUUAGCUUGUGAGCUCUUUGUUGAGCAAACAGGCAGUGCUGAAUCAAGAAAUGUCUGUCUACCACAAGAUUCUGAUGAUGUCCAUCUUUCUAUUAUGACAUCAAGUAUUGACCAGCUAGUUUCUGGCCUUGAAGAAUAUGCACUCUCACAUGGAAACACUUGUGCCAAGUGUCACACAUGCUCUCUGAAUAGAGAUCUUCUGAAGAUUGGUACUGGAACAGUAAGCAAUGUAGACAGAAGAAAAGCUAAAGGGCUAAAUGUUGAAGUAGUCAUAGUGGUUGCACACACUGCAUCUGAUUUGAGUUGUUGGAUGGUAAAUUGUUCGUCCACACAGUGAGAUUACAGGGGUUAAAACAGGAUGAUUCAACUGAGCUGAUGAUUUAUGCCACUGUUGGAUGGAGCAAUUGUAGGUUUUGCAUUUUGAAGAAUUUGUACCUUGUCCCAUAUCACAAUCCACCUUCGAUGUGUUGAGGAG